AGUGGUCUCUGUUUGGCUGGUAUUCAACCCAUACGCUCAAUCUCGAUGCCACGAUAUCUUCUGUUUUUUUCUUAUAUAGGAACUCGGUUCAGCGGAGUUCAGGUUCAGCCGAACACUUUCACCGUUCAAGGCGUUUUAGAGGUUCGUAUGAUCGCAUAUGCGAAAUAUUUACGAAUUAGUAUUAAUCAGCCAGGAAUUCUGCACUUAGCUGCAUCUGUUCUGAGCUUCGUGGUAAAGGCGAAUGAUGAUAAAGCAUUACGACUGAAGAUCAGCAGUCGAACGGACACCGGAGUUCACGCUUUGAUCAACACAGCCGUUGUUGAUUUGCCUCCAACAGCUAGCUUCAUCAACUCAGACAAUCGCCUCUGUUCUGAAAACCCUCCGCUGAUAGUCGCCAAAGCGAACAGUUUACUCUCUCGCAUCAGCGUCCCAGUCAGGUUAAUUGGAUGUCGAAUCGUGUCUGACGGUUUCUGCCCGCGAAGACAUGCCGUGAGUCGCCACUACCUUUACAGGUUGGCUGUACUUAAGUACGGCUACGACGAGUUAUGCGAAACAAACUGCGAAAUGACCUCAUAUCCGAUCGGCGAGCAUAAUCGAUGCUGGUUUCUGCCAUCGAAUUUCGACCCUUACAAAUUUAGGGAAGCUGCUGCCAUGUUCCGUGGCUAUCAUAACUUUGCUUCACUUAUGAACCAUUCAAAAGAUCAUGUGAGAGCAGCAUCUGUGCCUACGGAACGAAGCGUCUUCUAUACCGGCAUUGAGCUGGGACGCCCUCUGAUGGACAGCGAAUAUGAUUUGAGCUCAAAAUGUUACACAUUUUAUGACGUGAACAUUAUUGCAAAGUCGUUUCUAUACAAGCAGAUUUGUGUGUUUGUUAUAAUCAUCUUUGGCAUUUCUGCAAGCCAGCAAAUUGCUUAA